CGGAUAUCAAGGAACAUAUGGGGCGAGUCGGCUGGGCUGGACCGAGUCGUGAUAUUUACGGUCGACAUCUAUGGGGAACUGGAAAUAAAUAUAUAAUGCGCUCCCUACCAGCGACGUCAAGACUAUUCAUCUUAUGUUCAUCACCAGUCACACUUGAUAUUAAAUCUCGACUACAGACGUAGAAGUUCAUCGCUUACCACACUCUCGUUUUAACACCAUACUUUCGUUCCUAUCAACAUCAGGCAACAUGAAGGUCUCCGCUGUCCUCGCUUUUGCUACCACUGCUUUGGCUGCUUCUGUGCAGAGGCGUCAAGCCCAAAACUACGGCAUUGUCAACUUCGCAGCCGACUGCAUUCCCCAUAGCACAUACUGCGCUUAUAACUUCAACGUUAUCACCGAUCCCAUCUUCCCCCUGGAUUCAUGCAGUGCUUUCGUGCAAGGCCCUGACGUCUUGCCCGAGAUCACGGAGGGCAAGUGCAACAACACGGCUUACACGUGGUCGACGACCAAGGCUCCAGAUGGCAGCAUCGACUUCGCCAUCUGGUACCCCUUUAACGCGCGCUCCAACAUCACCUACUGCCACACCAUCCCCACCAGCCAGAUCACUACACAGAACAACGGUGCGGUGAGCACUCAGCACUACACCGGACCGAGGAACUUCACGGCUUCCAUUUUCGACUGUGCUCCUCCGACUGUCAGCUCGUAAGCGCGUUAAUGUGUGGCACUGUGGAAAAUAUUAAUAUAUAUUACUCUGAUAUA